AUGGAUGAUUCAGAUGAGGAGUUUCUAUCGACCCCAACCGGUUCGCGGUCACCCUCAUCAAAGUUAUCCUCUGCUGUGUCUGGAUCAGUCCCACGUGGAGGGGUAUCGACAAGAACACGGUCGCGACAUACAGGUGAAGUGAGCGACUUAAAAAGAGCUAACGGGUACGCCUGGGAGGACGAGUACCAGAGGUCAUGGGAUAUAGUUAAGGAUGACGAAUUGGGCAGCGGAUCAUUCGAAGCGAUGGUUCAAACGAUUAUCGAGAAUAGGAAGAAAAAGAUCAUGAAGAACCCCAGCACUCCAUUUCAGAGGGGAAUAAUCAGGACCUUAGUUAUCAUUGUUGACGGAACUCUAGCGAUGGCGGAAAAGGAUCUACGCCCAACUCGACUAUCAUUGACACUAAACUAUUUGCUGGAGUUUGUGGUGGAGUUUUUUGACCAAAAUCCUAUAUCUCAGUUGGGAAUAAUUUUAAUGAGAAACGGUGUGGCAAAUUUAAUAAGCGAAGUAAGUGGGCUGCCACAAUACCAUAUAGACAGGCUUAGGCAGUUGAAAGCGAGACAACAUAACAAGUACGAACCCAAAGGAGACCCAUCAUUGCAAAACUGUUUGGAAAUGGCUCGGUCAUUGUUAAGAUUCAACUUUGGUUCUGCUUCCAAUAACUCAAAAAAUUCAAAAGAGAUUUUGUUAGUGUUUGGGUCUUUAUUUACUAGUGACCCGGGUGAUAUUCACAAGACAAUUGACAGUUUGGUCAAAGAUAAUAUCAAGGUCAGUGUGAUUGGGCUCUCGGCUCAGGUUGCCAUCUGUCAAGAAUUGGUCAACAAGACUAACCACGAACCAAGAAACUCAUCCUCAAAGCAUUAUGGUGUAAUCAUGAAUGAGACGCAUUUCAAGGAGUUGCUUAUGGAUUCUGUCACCCCCUUGCCGUUGCCAGAAAAUGAGGAAACAAAGACUGAUACUACAGGUGUGCCUUUGAUCAAGAUGGGGUUUCCUUCCAAAGUGCAAGCUGGUGCAACUUCCACUAUAGGAAACCCGGACUAUACAGUGGAGUUUCCCCAACUCAAUGCAUCUUAUCCAACUCGGGGCUCAGACGAUUCAAGAGAUGUUGUUGAAGUGAAUUCGGGUUCAGCCACAUCGUCUACCAUUGGUUAUCAGUGUCCACAAUGCAAAAGCAAAGUGUGCAAUUUGCCUACUAUAUGUCCCGUGUGUGGACUCAUGCUCAUUUUGUCUACUCAUUUGGCGAGAUCCUAUCAUCACUUGGUGCCACUUGCCCCUUAUAAAGAAGUGCCGGUAUCCUCCACCUAUGACAGCGAAUACUGCUAUGGAUGCCAAUUAAAAUUCCCUUCGGGAGCCAAGCCUAACGAAGAAACUGGAACCAUUGAAUCCAUCACAAGCUCAAGAUAUCGAUGUACAAACUGUCACAACGACUUUUGCAUAAACUGUGAUGCCUUUGUUCACGAAGUCUUGCACAAUUGUCCCGGUUGUGAAAACGCACACUAA